UAAUCUGGGUAUGGGCUCUGCUGGUGUUAACAGGGUUGCAGAUGCCUGCAGCCCAACAUGGCUGUAUUUUUGAUCAAGUUCAGGCUCAGGUCAGAGUAGUUAGAGCCGCUUCCAUGCAGGCUGGAGUCAGACCAACAACCGAGCAGAAGCUCCAGCUGACCCCUGAACAUCAAACCAGACUGGGGGUCAAAGAGAGGAGCAUCCUAGAAGAUGGAGUCCAUCCUCCCUCCAACCUUUUGCAGCCAAUCAGGAUAAAAACCUGGACUACUACAGAAAGUUACCCUCUUCCUACAGUUGAGAAAGAGAGGCUGGGGAGAGCUGUGGAAGAGGCUGUGAGGGUAGUGUCUUCUUUACUUUCAGUGAACAGAACCGUAGGGACAUUACUGCUGAGCAGAGACAUCAAUAAAUACUGCAAGUUUGUCUGGAGGAACUCAAGCCUGCUGAACUACAACAGAUGUGGAAAAGCCAACAAAAACUACAGAGGUGAAACCUGUCUGGAUGUCACAAUCCCAGAUGAGCAUCUGUCUGGCUGUGAGGUUUACCCAGAGGCCAAUUCUUCACUGAGGACCAUUGUCAGACCUGGAGGAGCCGGGCUUCCCGACACAGACUUCCUGGUUUACAUCCAUGUACAAGCCACUGAUAAAUGUAGAGCAGAGUCCAGCAUCCUCGCCUACGCUGCCCAUUGCCAGACGGACACCCAGGGACGACCUGUGGCCGCUGUGGUGGUCCUCUGCAGGGACAGGCUGACUGGAGCCGCUUACAGCCACCAGACUACAGUCCAGACUGUGAUCCAUGAGAUGUUUCAUGCUCUUGGGUUCUCUAAGGAUCUCUUCAACUCCUGGCAAGACUGUUCAUCCUCCAAUCAAGGUGCCUCCUGUUCUCCUUGGAAUAAGGUGAUUCACUCAGACAGUUUAGGACAGAUGAGGAUUUACACUCCGACCAUCAUCUCAGCGCUGCAGAGACACUUGAUGUCUGCUGACCCUGAGCUGGGAGGACCGCUGGAGAACCUGGAUGAAGCAAAGGUUUCCUCUCACUGGGAGUCCCGGGUCCUGCAGGGGUCCAUCAUGGCGGCAGCGCUGGGAGACCCAUCCACAGUCCGGAUCGACCCAGUCACAUUAGCGGCGUUACAGGACACAGGAUGGUACUCUGUGAACCUGAGCCAGGCCCAGAGUCUGGUCUGGGGAGACGGUGAAGGAGCCUCAUUUGGUUCUCUGUCGACCUGCAAGGACAACUCAUCCUUUUUCUGUACUGGAAGUGGAGUCGGAUGUCACUUCCUUCACCUCCACAAGGGGAAGUGUCAGACGGAUCAGUACCUGGAAGGCUGUCGGGUCUAUAAACCCCUGGAGAACAGAAGUGAAUGUUGGAAGGAAGAAAACUCCAAAAACGAUGCAGAAAACUGGAGUGGUGAGGUUUUUGGCUUCGACAGCCGCUGCUUCUUCUCUAGCCUCAUCAAACAGGGAAGCACUGUUCGGAUCGGUAACUCUGCUGAGGGUCGCUGUUACAAACACAGGUGCUCUGGACUGAACAGGUACCAGAUCCAGGUAUCUGGUUCUGAGUGGAUGGACUGUCCAGCAGGGGGAGCCAUUCAGAUUGAAGGAUAUCAAGGGGAAGUGUUUUGCCCUGACAGGCGGUUGUGUCUUUACCCUGAUGUUUCUCCUCCUGUGGAAGAUGGAAACUCGGCGUCUGUUCGCUCCACAUGCAACCCUGAUGGGAUUUUAGCCCAUGCCACCAUCUGGUCUCCUCUCAGAUCACCCACACAGGCUUUAAUUCUCUUCUUCAGUGCUGCUGCAUGUUUCUUGGUGGUCCUGCUGGUUUGGUACAGGAAGUGUAGGAUCUGCAUGGUCAGGCGCAGCACUGUGGUUCCAGAGGCUCAUGUUAACCUGUAGAAAACCUGUCUUUGAGAACAGGAACUGUAUUUGUUUGUGUGUUAGCCUAUUGCUAAAAUAUGUAUGUUUCCCAUUUCACAGCCAUUUACUGAAAGCCAUGUGAAGAGACUGUGAUCCUGAUUUAAU